AUGCCACGUAAGAAAAUUUCCGACAUUGUCGAAGGACGUAUUUUGCAACUAUUACGUCAAGGAUAUUCUCAGCCUCGAAUUGUGAACAUUUUGAAACUUGAUGGUAUAUAUGUAUCUCAACGUACUGUGUCAAAUGUCAAACGAAAGAUCGGCCGUCAAAGAAAUUCUAAAUCUAAAAUUAAAAUUUUUCGAAAAAAACCAUCACAAACACCAUAUAUUAUUAAGAAGGUCAUUAAGAAGAUUGACGUCGAAGAUCCACCAACUCAACGUGCUAUUGCUAAAGAUCUUCACAUCAGCCAAUCAACUGUCUCGAACAUUAUCAAAAAUUCUGGAUUUACUCUUCGAAAAAAACAGAAAGUUCAAAAGUUAACAUCAUCAAAUAUUAUGAAACGUAGACAGCGAUCAUUUCAACUUUAUCUUCGAUUAGCACGUGGUCGAUAUAAGAAGUUCAUUACAACAGAUGAAGCUUGGUUUUAUUUAGAUGGAACUGGUGGAAGAAGAAAAGUAUGUUAUAUAAAAAAAACUGAUCCCGAUUAUGAUCGAAUGAUUAUUCAACAAAACA